AGCGGCAGCCUAACAUGCGUUUUGCCGAGAUUACUUGACAGUAAAUCGGCGCGAUUUGAAUUCGGAACGAUUUGAAAAAAAUAAACUUAUUUUUUUUGUUUUUAUUUUUGGAGUUCGAAAAAGUUUUUAACUAAUAAAAAUGUUUCUGUGGGUGGUUCUUAUCACGUUGGUGCUGUGGACAGUGGUGUUCAGGUACAGGAGACAGAGGAUGUACAAACUGGCGGGAAAGAUCCCGGGACCCAGCACAGAACUACCCGUCAUAGGAAUUGCACACACCUUAGCCGGAGACACAGAGGACAUUAUGUCAUGGCUACAACGAUAUAGCUACGCAGCUAUGGAGCACGAUGGAAUCUUGAAAGCCUGGCUCAAUCAUAUACUGUAUUUUAUUGUGAUAAACCCCGUCGACAUGGAAGUGAUACUGAAGUCUUGCCUGGAGAAAGAUGAUCUGCAUAGAUUCAUAAGAAACGUUAUCGGAUAUGGCGGCAUUUUUGCGCCAGUAUCCAUCUGGAGAAGACGCCGGAAGAUCCUGGUGCCAGCUUUCAGCCCGAAGAUAGUGGAGAGCUUCGUGGAGGUGUUUUCAGAGCAGAGCCAGAAACUGACGAAGCAGUUGUCAGACUACGUCAGCACAGGCAGCUUCAGCAUCUGGCCAUUCGUCAGCGCGUAUACCCUGGACUCAGUCUGUGAAUCAGCAAUGGGAGUCAAAAUCAACGCCCAAGGGGAUCCGAAUACACCUUUCCUACUCUCAAUGAGCCGGAUCCUCAACUUGGCUUGCGAGAGGAUAUUCCACCUUUGGCUGCAACCAGACUGGUUGUAUAAGCUGUUCACGUGGAAGUAUAACGAGCAUCAGAAAUGCCUGAACCACAUGCACGGAUUCACCGAUGAUGUCAUCCAGAAGAAGCGAGAGGAGCUCCGCAAUGAACAGACGAAUAAAACUGAAGCUGAUAACGCAUAUGAUUUAAGCAAUUACAAAAACAAAUCGUUCCUAGAUCAUCUUAUACAUUUAUCUGGUGGAGAAAAUGGAUACACAAAUGUUGAGCUGAGGGAAGAAGUCCUGACUCUAACCAUAGCGGGUACAGACACAUCGGCUGUGGCCAUCGGGUUCACCUUGGCUUUGUUGGCGAAGUAUCCCGAAGUGCAAGAAAAGGUCUACCAAGAGUUGUACGAUGUCUUCGAAGACUCGGAUCGUCCCCUAGUGAAAGAAGAUUUAUUGAAACUCAAGUAUUUGGAGAGGGUGGUGAAGGAGUCGCUACGUCUGUUCCCUCCAGUGCCUUUCAUCAUCAGAAAGGUGUUAGAAGAAAUCACAUUACCCUCUGGCCGCGUCUUGCCCGCUGGUUCUGGUGUGGUGUGCGCCAUCUGGGGGGUGCACCGGGACCCCAAGUACUGGGGUCCAGACGCAGACAGCUUCGACCCCGACCGGUUCCUGCCGGAGAGGUUCAACCUCAAGCACUCGUGCAGCUACAUGCCGUUCAGCCAGGGCCCGAGGAAUUGUCUUGGUUAUCAAUACGCGUUGAUGUCCGUAAAGACAGCUCUAUCAGCUGUACUCAGGAAGUACAAAGUGGUGGGACCAAAGGAAAAGACGUCACAACCCCAUGUUCGAGUGAAGCUGGACGUCAUGAUGAAGGCCGUCGACGGCUACCAGGUGGCCCUGGAGAGGAGGCAGCCAGUUACCAAUAAAGUUAAUUAGUGUGUUACGUUAGUAUUAAGGAUGCCAAGUAUACAAUAAAUGAUUGGUCAAAUCAAUUUUUGACGCUAAGUUUGCUUGAUAUGAGCAUAUUAGCGUAAAUAUUACAUAGUAUUGUUACAGCAGGCUCGGGUGCGCGUCGUGAUAAAAUCUUAACGAUGAUUUUUUAGACGACAAAUGAUAAAAUGCCUCGAUAAAAUCAUCAUGACGCACAUCCUAGACCUACUAGUAAUGCGUUGCAGAGAGCAACUUUCUUAGUAUUAAGUGACGUAGGGCGUCUUACGGUCCCCUCUCGUACUAUACAGGGUGGAAUUUUGUAAUGCCACCUGGAGGGAAAGUAUAGACAUUACAAAAUUCCACCCUGUAUAUGGUAUACGGCACAUCACACUAUCGUGUGUGAUUGGCGAGCAUUUCACAAUUUUGUGUGAGCUUUAUUAAUAUGUAAAUCGACGUAGUGUUAAUGGUACAUUAACAUUAAACUGCUGUGCGGUCUUCUGUACAAACAUGUUUCUUGUGUAAAAUAAGUUUUUUUUACCGGCUUCUUCAGAAUAUCCUAGUUAUUAACCAGUACAUUAACAUCUUUAAAAACAGAUGCAAAUUAUGGUUCAAUCUAUGGUAAGUGGG